CCGGCUCGCGGGGAGCCGGCCGGGACGGCGGGGAGGCCGGUGCUGCCCGCGCUGCCUGCGGUCCCCGCGGUCCCCGGGCCGCCCCUGGGCGCGCAGCAUGCGGUGCCCGUGAGCGGCCGAUCACUCUCGUGCAGAGGCGGCCGUGCCCGUGCGCGGCGGGACGGAGCCGGGCGGCGCGGCGGGCAGGGCCGGGGCGGCAGCAGGAUGUCAUCACCUUGCUAUACCUCUGCUGUGCUGGUACUCUUUGUGGCCCUUGCUGUGGGUGUGGAGGCUGAACAGGCAAAAGAAAGGAGCUGUGAUGUUGUUGGUGAGGAGGGCAGCGAGUCACAGAUGGAAAGAGCCCUGCUGAAGAAACUAGAGCCCCUGAGCCAAAUAAGGUUUAAUGUUACUGUGGAGAAAGGCAAAACAGAGAACUAUGUCUACCACUUCAGGGUGUGCAGGGAGGUCAACACCUCCAUGCAUGAUUUUGGUGGCCUGGUGCAAACAGAUAGACAGAGUGGAAGGACCACAGUGAUAGGAAGAAUCAAUGAAACCCAGGUCUUCAAUGGAAGUGACUGGAUCAUGCUGAUUUAUAAAGGAGGUGAUUCAUAUGGCACGCACUGCAGUGGUGAGAAGAGAAGAGCUGUGAUAAUGAUUUCCUGCAAGCAGGGAGCUACAGCGAGUUCAUUCAGCAUUAUUUCAGAAGAGCGGGAAAAGGAGCAGGAGUGUUUCUACCUCUUUGAGAUGGACAGCAGUGUGGCUUGUCCAGCUGAGGAUUCCCACCUCAGUGUUGGCUCCAUUCUGCUGAUCACGUUUGCUUCAGUGAUUGCAGUCUACAUCAUUGGUGGGUUCCUCUACCAGCGCCUUGUAGUGGGAGCGAAGGGCAUGGAGCAGUUUCCUCACUUUUCCUUCUGGCAAGAUCUGGGCAAUUUGGUGGCGGAUGGCUGUGACUUUGUCUGCCGAUCUAAGCCUCGGAAUGUGCCGUCUGUGUACCGUGGUGUGGGUGAUGAUCAGCUGGGCGAGGAGUCAGAAGAACGGGAUGACCAUUUGCUAUCAAUGUGAUAGCCUUUCAACAUUGAUUUCUUUUCUCCCCGCCUCCCCAGUGCUUGUUUAGCUGGGUGCCUCCCAGCUAGUUCUCCUCUCACUUCUGAUUUUCUUUACACUAUUCGCUUUUGCCGUCUCUGGUGUGUCAAGUCCCACUGAUGCCUCUGGGUGCCAACAGCACUGGUCACUGAUGGCAUGUCUUACGAACAUAAUGCUGGUUUAGGUUUUUAAAAAUGCAGCAAAACUAGGGAGGGAAAAAGUGAUGAGAGCUGAGUAGAAGACAGCGAGAAAGCAGUAUGAGCUUCAGCUCUGAGCAGAAAUGGGAGAUGAAUCACUGAAAGGAAAAAAAGGGCCAUGGAUGGGUGCAGAAAGAGGAAGGCUGUGGGUUAAAACAGCUGAGAAUAUAGAAGGGAUCUUUUGUGUCUUCCCUCCCAUAGGGUUUACAGGAUCCCUAAGACACUGGAAUUAUUUUUCUUUUAAUGCAAUUUCAGCUUUCCUAGCUUCUGCACUGUUUCUGCCAGUGCAACCUGCACAGUGUUCUAUGCCCGACUCUGUGGGGUAGAAUAGGCAUUAGCACCCCACCCCUGCAGUGUUGUUUUUUUUCCUAAUGGCAAUAUGUUGAAGAGUAUGCACCAGUUUCUUUCAACAGAUGUAAAGGAAUGCAUGCCAUCCUCUCAGACUGGGGAGUGGCAAUGCUAGAAAACUAUAGGAGCUAAAUAUAGCCUUAUGACUUUCCAGUUCAGUCAAAAUACUCCUCAAGCCUUCUCACUCACUGAGAAGCAAAAUGAAAUUACGUGCUGCUAAGUAAAGGGAAUAUUUGUUGAAACCAAAACCAGUAUCAAGGCAAAUUGAGACAGGUAGCUGCCACAAAUUCUAUUGCAAGCUUCUCAAGGUGACUGCCCACAUGGCUCUGUCACUGUCAGCACUGAUUUCAUGUUCCUUGUUUGGCAGAGGACAUUCCCAUAAAGCUACCAGAUUUUAUUUUUAUAAAAAAGGAACCACAGAAGCCAAGAACAAGAAUGCUAACACAUUAAAAACUGCAUAAGGGACUUUUGUGCUUACAGGGUCAGCUUUCAUAAAUCACUUGACCCUUAGCAUGGUGCAGACCAGUCCGAAGACACUUGCCCUGUGCAGAUGGUACUCACAUACAUUGUCUCACAUUGUCUGGGAGUGAGAGAGACAUUCUCCUGGGAUCCUGGUGAAAAGCAGAUACAGCUGAGUUGUAAAACUUACUGGGAACCUUCAGAAACUUGGCACCUUGAUUCCUCAUUGCUUUUAUGUGAGGGGCUAGACUCUAAGCCAUCCCAUUUUGCCCUAUUGUAGACUGGCUAAGACCUGUCCUCAGUCUUGAGGACAUGGACUGUGGAUAAGCAAGCCACUAUUUUAACAGCACAGUCCAGACAAGACUUGUGUAUUUUUAAUACUGCCAAAACAGUCUGAACAGUGACACUGAGGGAGAACGGGUAGCCCUGCUUUCUUGCUGGGUUUAGAGUGGGCAAACAAUUCCUGCUUUCUUUGACUUUUGUUACAGUCUCAGUCUUUCUUGUAACAUGGGAAAAAUAGGAAGCUACUAAGUCUGUUGUUACUGUUUUUCAUGGUGAUGUUAAGGUAAUUUUUUUUGUACAAAACACAACUUUCAAAAAUAAAAUUAAAAAAAAACCUGCUGAAGUGUUCUGCUAAAGUAAUAGGAGCUUUCUCACUUACCCAAAUGUGAAGGGUCCUUAGUGUGUGCCUUGUGCCUGAACUACUCUUAUUGUUAGUACAGCAGUUUUUUGCUGCCAUCUUGCAUCACUGCAGUUCCCCUUGGGCUUAAGAGAGAGGGCUAUACACAUCUUUCAAAACUGAAACUUUAAUAGCUCAGGAUGCUCUGUAUUUUUCUGCAACAAUAAAAAUCAAUAGUAACUUUU